GGAAGUGAUUUUCUGUGUUCAUCUCCCUUUUGGAUCUGUCUACCCAUGGUGUAGCUUUCCUCUAAAAUCCUAGUUGCUAACACCUGAAUUGUAGCUAAUACAGAAAUGCUGUUACCAAGGUUACUCCUGAUGAGGUCGGCUGCAUCCGUCACGCGCAGGGCGUUCUCUCUCAGGGGCAUGUCCUUACAGGGAAAGGCACCUGAUAUGGCAGAGGAAAAUUCACACUUGCUUGUGACCAAUGUUCGCAACAGACUGAGGGCAAUUGUGGGAGCAUCUACUAACUGGAGUGACCACCAGCAGGCGUUAGAGGACCGCCUGUCGCUGUCGUCCCAGCUGGCCCGCUCUCAGGACGAGCUGCCUGUCAGGAGGAUGAAGGACAGCUACAUGGAGGUCCACCUCCCCCUGGGCACACAGCCACGCCUCCGGGAGAGUUACCUCACCUUCCACAACAGUGUCAGGUUUGGAAGAAUCUUGGAAGACCUGGACAGUUUAGCAGUGCUUAUCUGCUACUCUCACACGCACAACGAGGCGCUGAAGAGGUCUCCUUUGUCCAUUGUCACCGCCCUGGUCGACAAGAUAGACAUGAGGAAGCACAUCAUCUACCCUGACUGUGACAUUAAGUUAACUGGUCAUGUGACGUGGGUGGGGAAAACCUCCAUUGAAGCCAAGAUGCACAUGACUCAGUAUCACGAGGGAGCCUACACUCCAGUUCUGGAUGCUACGUUUGUCAUGGUGGCCAGAGACCCAGAAAACAAGAGGGCCGCGUUUGUAAACCCACUAAAACCAGAGGGUCCGGAAGAGGAGAAGCUCUUCCAAGAGGGAGAGAUCAAUAAGACCCGUCGUGUGCAGCUGAGCUCUGCCUCCCUGCUGAAGGUGGCUCCUACCGGCGAGGAGAGGAAGAUCAUCCACAGCUUGUUCCUCAACACGCUCGACACCAAGACAGUGAGUUUCCGGGGCCGAGUCCUGCCUCCUAACUCUGUGUGGAUGGAGGAUGCCAAGGUGAAGGGACUGGAGAUCUGCCACCCACAGGAGAGGAACAUCUUCAACCGGAUCUUUGGAGGCUUCCUGAUGAGGAAGGCCUAUGAGCUGGGCUGGGCCAACGCUUUUUCUUAUUGUGGGAGUCGACCGAGCCUGGUUGCUGUUGACGACAUCCUGUUCCAAAAGCCUGUAGAGAUAGGCUCUCUGUUGUUGCUGUCAUCACAGGUGUGUUACACUGAGGGGAAGUACAUCCAGGUCAGAGUUCACACGGAGGUGAUGGACCCGCUGACCCGGCAGCACAACACCACCAACGUCUUCCACUUCACCUUCCUCUCCGAGACGGACGUCCCCAACAUCGUCCCCCAGAGCUACGGAGAGUCCAUGCUGUACCUGGAUGGGAAGAGACACUUCAACCAGACCGUGGAGUCCACAUGAGACCACAAGACACGUGAUCGACCAACCCAACUGCCUGCCAAAGCCUUACAGUGUCCCACAAGCUCUGCUCAGCGUCCUCCGUGAGAGAAAAUGAUCCAGGUCAUAGGUCAACUCUUGUAUUUUGUUUUCAUUCUUUGUACACCUGUUUAUGCAUGAACCUCACAUAGCUGAGAACCAUCCGGAUCCUCAUCCUCGUGUUUGUUUGUUUGGGCUUUAAAGACACAUACCUCCCUUUGCCUUUUCCUUUUACUGUCUACAGUAUAUAUUACUACAGUAUACUGUAUAUCAUUUCUUCCACGUCUUAGCUUUAUAUGCACAUAUAUUUAGCAGUUACCUGGACGUUUUGCGGUUACAUUUUUUUAAAUGCACUUUUAAAGUAUUUUUUUCUUACAUUUUAUAUACUCAUGCAUCUGUAUGUAAAUGUUGAUGGGGAGAUACAUUCUGAGGGAUUUAUUCAUGCUAUUAUUGGUGAACUGCAAUAA